AUGGGUUCCACUGAAACCCCAGACAAUUCUUCUUCCACUACACGAGUCACUGCACCUGCAGCCUCUCGCACAGCAGCAGGUAUUGUUGACUCAGCUCACCCUUAUUACCUUCAUCCCUCAGAUUAUCCAGGGAUGAACUUAGUCUCUUCAGUCUUUGAUGGAAAAGCCUAUGGAGGUUGGAGGAGAGCUGUUGUGAUUGCUCUUUCUGCUAAGAACAAACUAGGGUUUAUUGAUGGAUCCCUAGUUGUCCCUGAGGCAGAUUCUGGUCUGAAGAAAGCUUGGGCUCGUUGCAAUCAUAUGGUACUCCCUUGGCUGCUGAACUCCUUGUCAAAAGAAAUAGCUGAAAAUGUGCUAUACUUGCAGAGUGCAAAAGACCUGUGGAGUGACCUGGAGGACAGAUUUGGUCAAACAAAUGGUGCAAAAUUAUUUCAGUUACAAAAGGAGCUCAGUGGAGUGGUUCAAGGUAACACGAGUGUGUCUACUUAUUUUACUAAAAUGAAAAGCCUCUGGGAUGAACUUGAUGCACUUAAUACUUUCUCUGCUUGUGUGUGUGAUUGUGAGUGUGGGGCUAAAGCUAAGUCACACAAAGCACAUCAAGAUGAAAGACUUCUGAUGUUCCUAAUGGGUCUAAGUGACACAUUCAUUGGGGUAAGGAGCAACAUUCUUCUAUCUUCCCCUUUACCCUCUAUAGGAAAAGCUUAUUCUCUUGUUAUUCAAGAUGAAAAACAAUGA